GGAUAGGUGGCGAUAGUGUCCUAAUGUCAUUGAAUUCCCUCAUUUUAACACAGAGAAGAAGCCACCCCGAGGCUGGCCAAACGAAAGUUUCAGGGCUGUCCCAGGGAUGCCAAAAAAGUUCCAGGGUGAGAACUCUAAGUCAGCCGCUGCUAAGGCCCGAAGGGCUGAGGCCAAAGCAGUGGCAGAUGCCCGUAGGCAAAAAGAACAGGAGGAUGCACUGUGGGUAGACAAUGAUAAACAUGUGCUGAAGAAAGAACAGAGGAAGGAUGACAAGGAGAGAAAGCGUCUGGAAGCAUUGGAGCGUAAGAAGGAAAACCAGAGGCUUCUGGAUGAGGAAGAUGCUAAAAUUAAAGGCAAACCUACCAAGGAUGCCUCUGGAGACAAAAUCACAAGAGCCCAGAUUGAGAAGAAUUUGCAUAGUGAACACCUGCCUACAGAAACCAAGGAAAAAGAGAAAACUCACCUAGAGACUCCGCUGGAGGAGAAUGUCAACCGUAUCGUUCCAGAGGAGGGAUCAGUGGAGGCCAGAACUAUUGAGGACGCCAUUGCUAUUCUCAGUGUGAAGGAGGACCUGGAUCGCCACCCAGAGCGACGCAUGAAGGCAGCAUUUGCUGUAUUUGAAGAAGUGAACCUCCCUCGUCUGAAAAUGGAGAAUCCUAACAUGCGACUCUCACAGCUGAAACAGCUUAUUAAGAAAGAGUGGACAAAAUCUCCAGAGAAUCCCCUAAAUCAGCGCUUUGCCACUUAUAACUCCAAAUGAGAUCACAGCAAGAGAGACAGUGUAUGCCUGUUAAAAUACACUCAAACAUGAUAACGGAUUGAUCUAGAAUACAAAAGAUACAGUACUGCUUGCUUGUGCGUGCGUGUGUGCGUGUGUGUGUGUGUGUACGUGUGUGUGUGCAUGCGCGUGCACGCACAACUCACACAACACAUCUUUAUGGUUGUUGUAAGAAGAGCGAUAUUAAUGGUGAAAGGAUAAGAUAUAACCCUAAUGUUUGCUCAAGUUAGAAAUAUCUCGAGAUUCAUUCACAUAGGGGAAAAUAGUCUCUCUUGUCAUCCAUAUUUGCCUUCAGUCCAAUCUGAAAACCAAAUCUCAAAUGUUUUAUUUAAAUGAUGGUGGAAUUUAAAUGAACUCACUACUUCCUUAUUACAUUUUAAACCUGUCUAAAGCUCUUGAAUUGACUCAGCCGCAGAUGGAUUAAAUCCUUUGUAAUGUUACAGUGGUCAGCUCUCUUAGAGGGAAAUACAACAUCCACUUUUCAAUUUGCUCUUUCCAUUGUGCCAAUACCAGACUGAUUUUUGUGUGUUCUCUUCUUUCCAGCUGGAGGAUACAUGCUGAAAUUCAACCCCCUUGUUUGAUUCACAUUGGUAGUAUCCCUUUUUACAGCUGAAGUUGGCUGAUUUCUACUCCAAAUUUGACCCUACUAGAUCUCGAUGAAGCAUUUCAAUCCUUCUGCUGGUUUGUUGCUUGAUGCCUUAUAAUCAUGUGUGCUCACUAGACCCCAAACAAUUUAAAUGCAGUUGAAUAUAUUUAUUGUUGUAUUUAUAUUGCUUAGAUAAUUUUUAGCAAAAUUUCUUUAUAACUCAGCCUAGGAUUGAAAUGCAGUUCAGUUUGGUUAUGGUUUGUUUAUGUGCUGAAGUUACCAUAAACAGUCUUAAAAGAAUGGUUGAUGAGUAGAAAAACCUAAAAAAUACAACUUUGACUCAUAAUUUUGGCUAA